GCGGCGCGCUUCGGGAGGUGAGCCGAGAGGAGCCGGGAGGCGAGGAGGCCCCGCCCCCGCCUCUCCGAGCCGGCUCCUCGUCGCCUCCGAAACCGCUCACUUUGCUUCUUGCUUCUGGACGGCGGCGAGGCGGUUGCCACAUCCACGGCCGGAGGGAGUGCCGGGGACCAGGAGCCAUCCCGCACCAGUUUCCCCUCUCGGCGCCCGCGCCCCUCAGGUGGGAAAGCGACCCCACCUUGAAGAGGAUACCCCGGCCUCAGAGGGGGGACAUCCCCCGGGCCAGAGGGGCGGUGGCGCCCAGCCUCGGUCUCCGCCAGUGGGGCGCAGAGCUGGCGCCGAAGGGGACUCCCUGGACACCUGCAGGUACCGCUGCGCGGAGGGAGUGUCUCUAGGAGCGACGCUGGGCAGCCGAGGAGGCUAGAGCCGAGGGAUCCCCACCUCAGCGAAGGGCUGAAACGGAGCCCCGAGGCGGAGUGGGCCAGACAGCCCGCGGGCCCCGACGGCGCGCUCCAGGAUCGGCCAGCGUCAGGCAGACCCUGCGCGGCGGUUAGGGGGCGGUGGCGGCGCCCUCGGGCCUCGGGGUCUCGGGGCGGCCAGCCAUGACCUUCGGGCGCAGCGGGGCGGCCUCGGUGGUGCUGAACGUGGGCGGCGCUCGGUACUCGUUGUCCCGGGAUCUGCUGAAGGACUUCCCUCUGCGCCGUGUGAGCCGGCUGCACGGCUGCCGCUCGGAGCGCGACGUGCUCGAGGUGUGCGACGACUACGACCGGGAGCGCAACGAGUACUUCUUCGACCGGCACUCGGAGGCCUUCGGCUUCAUCCUGCUCUACGUGCGCGGCCACGGCAAGCUGCGCUUUGCGCCGCGGAUGUGCGAGCUCUCCUUCUACAACGAGAUGAUCUACUGGGGCCUGGAGGGUGCACACCUCGAGUACUGCUGCCAGCGCCGCCUCGACGACCGCAUGUCGGACACCUACACCUUCUACUCCGCCGACGAGCUGGGCGCGCAGGGCCGUGACGAGGCGCGCCCCGGGGAUGCCGAGGCAGCCCCCUCCAGGCGCUGGCUGGAGCGCAUGCGGCGCACCUUCGAAGAACCCACGUCGUCGCUGGCCGCACAGAUCCUGGCCAGCGUGUCGGUGGUGUUCGUGAUCGUGUCCAUGGUGGUGUUGUGCGCUAGCACACUGCCCGACUGGCGCGCUGCAGCGGCCGACAACCGCAGCCUGGAUGACCGGAGCAGGUACUCCGCCGUCCCUGGGAGGGAGCCCUCCGGGAUAAUUGAAGCUAUCUGCAUAGGUUGGUUCACUGCAGAGUGCAUCGUGAGGUUCAUCAUCUCCAAAAACAAGUGUGAGUUUGUCAAGAGACCCCUGAACAUCAUUGACUUAUUGGCAAUCACGCCCUAUUACAUCUCCGUGUUAAUGACAGUAUUUACAGGCGAGAACUCUCAACUCCAGAGAGCCGGAGUCACCUUGAGAGUGCUUAGAAUGAUGAGGAUUUUUUGGGUGAUUAAGCUUGCCCGUCACUUCAUUGGUCUUCAGACACUUGGUUUGACUCUCAAACGAUGUUACCGAGAAAUGGUUAUGUUACUUGUCUUCAUUUGUGUUGCCAUGGCAAUCUUCAGUGCACUUUCUCAGCUUCUUGAACAUGGGUUGGACCUGGAAGCAUCCAACAAGGACUUCGCCAGCAUCCCUGCUGCUUGCUGGUGGGUGAUUAUCUCUAUGACUACAGUUGGCUAUGGAGAUAUGUAUCCUAUCACAAUGCCUGGAAGAAUUCUUGGAGGAGUUUGUGUUGUCAGUGGAAUUGUUCUAUUGGCAUUACCUAUCACUUUCAUCUACCAUAGCUUUGUGCAGUGUUAUCAUGAGCUCAAGUUUAGAUCAGCUAGAUAUAGUAGGAGCCUCUCCACGGAGUUCCUAAAUUAAUGCAUUGCAAAUCAAGUCUUGCAUACACCUCGUGUGGUAGAAAGA